AUGGACGGUCAAAGACAACAACAAUAUUUCACGACGAGCCUUCCUCCACCCCCUCCGCGGGUGCCGGCGCAACUCCAGCCUGUUGGAGUGCCUGGCAUGCCACCACCUCCACCGGGUCCACCGCCAGUGCAACCAGGGUAUGUUCAAUCAUGGCAGCAGCAACCUGCCUACGCCCGUCAGGUCAUGACACCCCAAUACACUCUGCCACCACCACCACCUCAGCCUCAGCAUGUCCCAUAUAAACCAGCCAACUUCUCUGCCGUGGAUACAUCCUACCCCUCGGCGACUUUUGUCCCUGGAGAGACACCCCUCACCUCGGCAACUUACGUCCCCGGGCAUGACACUAUCGGCGGGUUUCCACCAUUAUAUGAACCCUUCCAUGGGCGGUCUACCUAUGAGCCUUAUGGGCAGCGCCCUAAUGGAGCCCCUAUAUAUUCUGAAGGGGCCUACAAUCCGCAGACCCCGGGAGGAGGACGAACAAUGGCCACACCAUUUGCCAUCCACAAUAAUUUUCAUGAGCUGCCUAAUGAGCAUGUGAACCCACCGCCACAGACUGUCAAUCCAGUGGCUGAUCUUACAAAGUCGCCAAGUCAUCGCCAUAAUACCAGUGGCGCAUCAUUGGGUGGUCUUUCGCCAAGUGAGGCAGCGCAGCAAUGGCCUCUCGAGAAGGUUCUGCUUUGGCUUGCUAAGAAUCAAUUUUCUAAGGAUUGGCAAGAUACUUUCAAAACUUUGGAGCUACAAGGUGCUGAAUUCCUGGAGCUGGGCCUCCAAUUCGGUGGGCGAGGCAAUCUUGGAAAAAUCCAUCAGGUUGUCUAUCCUCAGCUGGCUAAGGAGUGCGCCCGAAAUGGCACUGGAUGGGACUCGGAGCGUGAACGCGUGGAGCGUAACGAAGGUCUGCGUAUUCGCAAAUUAAUUCGCCAGCUUCAUGAUGGGGCAGCAGACUUUUCUGUAUCUACACCUCUGCGCCAGGAUGCACCAUUCAUCGAGCCUGGACCUUCAUAUUUUCCUCGUGAACCCCGUUCAGCUAUUGAAGGGACGAACGAUUUCACUGCAGAGCAGCUGGCUGCCGCAAACAACACCGGCCAAAAGGGGAACACAGGGACGCGCUCUUUCACCACGCCAAAUCCCACCGGGCAUGGAUCACCUUACGAGUCGCCUCUGCGUGAGACUGCUCCUGCACGAUCGGACUUCACACGUGGUACUCUAUCUGCAGCCCUCGGUGAACAUCGCCGCCAAAGUCCAUCUUUAUCGAACGACGCGGCAAAUUUUUCGGGGUCUACUCUUCGGCCAGAGAGCAGCCCAAAGAGUGGCAGUCCAGCUACCCAAUUUGCGUCACCUUCGUAUGGAGGACAGGCAUCAUCAUCCACCGGGGACUUGCCAUUCAGACACGACCACUCCCGUGGAAACAGCACUGACUCAGUUGCUGGCGUUGGCCGAGGCCCUUCCUCUGGAAUUGGUGCCCGUUACUAUGAGAAUCGCAAAGGCCCCGAGGGUGCUCGCCCAUCACCCCAGGAUGCCCAUGGUCGGCCGUGGAGUGGGGAACCUUCUUCAUGUCACGCAAAGGAUCACAGCAAAGGAUUUUUCGACCGGCUCAGAAAAAGAACCAAAGGAACCGAAUCAACUUAUCCAUCGCCUAAAGAAUCAGACCACGAACCUCCGAGCCCGGAUCCUCGCUAUGUGCCUUAUUCAGUCCCUGGUUUCAGCACCAGUGACUUGUCUCUGACCGAGCGUCCAUUGUCAGCAACAACAGCUAAAGUUAAAAAUUGGGUUCUAGUGACUGUGGACAGCCUCAACUACCGCUUGAUUGAUAUUACAGAUAUGGACACGCCAGAUUCCCUACGUGCAGGCAUAUGUAACAAGCUAGGGAUCCCUGAUUGGGGUAGUGCUCAAAUUUCUCUCACUGAACCUGGACAAUCUGACCAUGAUGAUUUCAUGACUGAUGAUGCUCUGUCUCGCUUCCGAAAGCAGAAACCAGAUCAUCAUGGUUCCCUGAGAUUGCUGUUUGUCAAAGGCAGAAAAUCCCGCCCCUCUCCAAUGGAUGGUCUUGGGGUUUCAAUAUCUUCGGUAUCCCCCGACAAGCAGGCUGUGUCUCCCACGGCAAUGCACACCCCAAUCAUUCGGAAACCCGUGGGUGAAGAGCCAAGAAUUUCGCCACAGACCCAUGCCAAUCCCAAUUCACCUUUCUCGAGCUCUCGGCAGACAACACUGAAGGCCACACCUGGCGCCUCCUCUCAAGCGGAUCCUCACAAGGACGACCUAUCUGCUCGUCAUGAAGCAUACAAACGUGAGGUUGAGCGAAAGCAGGAGGAAAACCAUAUCUCGCGGCACCCACCUUCCCCGGGACUGCCCCGCGAUAGUAGUCAUCAAAAUGGCUUUAGAAGUGCAAAAGUUAUUGAUUUUGACAAACCUCGUGAUUCGCCGUUUGAAGCAAAGAAAGUCUCGCCGUCCGACGACAAAAAGUCGGAAACCCUGGUGCCCUUCCGCAGACCCCCCGUUGCUCCGAAUGAGUCGAACACGCUUACCAAGGUCAAUUCCCUUCGCAGGCCGCCUGGCACUCACAGUUUGGGAGCUGCCAUUACUGGCGUUGGUCGGGUAAUCAGUGCGACUGGUAACCCAUCCGUGAACGUCUCUACCACUCCAUCUUCUGCAAAUCGCGAUAGUGCCAGCUCGGAUGAUCGACCACCGACGAUCUACUCUGCCGAAACAGCCUCAAGUAGGACAACAUUGGAUUCUUCCCAUAGUGGUCCCAAAUUUUCUAGUGAGAAGGUCAACGAAAAUUCGCCCGUUUCUUUUGCUACUUCUUCUGUGAAGAACCCCUCUGAUCUCCCAGAGCGGCCAUCCCUGCCAUCCCGCAAGUCGUUCGGUCCAGCUUUUGAGUUCGAGGAAAAUGAAGUUUCUUUCCAGAAGCCAGCGGCACCAGCCGAGGACUCUGAUGAUGACGACUCAUCCGAUGAUGGUCUCUUCAUGGUGCCUUUGGCUCAUAAGAACGAGAGCAAGCCUGAGCCUGAACCGGAGACGAAGACUAUGCAGCGCAACCUGACUGUGAACACGGAUCUUAAGGGGCCAAGAGUGAGCUUUGCAUCUCCAGUCCCUGCAGAGAGCUCUGGCGGGGAACCCUCCGACAACCAGGACACUGGAACUUUCUAUCACGAGCCCUCGCCCAUUGACGAGAAACCUCCUAACCGAAGAAACUCGUUUGCCAACGGAGAUGUCUGGGCUAGCAGACCCCCUGUCGAGGGCGUUAUCGACAACCUGGACAGCUUCUUCCCAGAUGUUGAUCUCGAUGCGCCUUAUCUGGAUGAACCGGCUUCGCCAAGCUCCAAGGGCAAUCAUUUCGAUGACCCAAACUUUCGAGGAAAACCGCUACAACCGCCUCCUAUACCAUCAUCGAACUUCGAUCCAAGCAGUCUUUACGGGACUGAUACAUCAACAAUGCGACCGCAGGCAGGAUCUAAGGUCGUUGCUAAUAAGUUGAUAAACCAAAGUGGUGGGUUUGGCAGCGGCAAAGGCCUUGGAAGAACCAAAUCCAUUCGACAAGUGGCGCAUGAUUCUCAUCGCACCAAAAGUGUUAGCUCGUCUGGCCCGCAGCAGUCAGGAAUGCUCCGUCGCAAGAGUACGAAGAUGUUCGGCGCCAAAAUCAUGCAAAUCAGCCCGAAGCCAGGCAGUCGAAUCAGCAGGCUCGAUCCUAUCCCGCAGGGUACCAGGGAGACUGGGCCCAGUGGCUCUGUUCCCGAGCGCCAGCCUACCUUCCGUAUCAUUCGUGGUCAACUGAUUGGCAAAGGUACAUAUGGUCGUGUCUACCUGGGCAUGAAUGCCGAUAAUGGUGAGGUUUUGGCUGUGAAACAAGUUGAGAUCAACCCCCGGAUCGCUGGAACCGACACAGACCGCAUCAAGGAAAUGGUUAAUGCUCUCGAUCAAGAGAUCGAUACCAUGCAGCAUCUCGAGCAUCCGAAUAUUGUUCAGUACCUUGGUUGCGAACGAGGUGAAUUGUCCAUUUCCAUCUACCUCGAAUAUAUUUCUGGUGGCUCUGUUGGUAGUUGUCUACGGAAACACGGCAAAUUCGAGGAGAGCGUUGUCAAGUCGCUCACUCGACAAACCCUGAGUGGUCUUGCCUACUUGCACGACAAGGGGAUUCUCCAUCGAGAUAUGAAAUCAGACAAUAUUCUCUUGGAUCUCGAUGGUACAUGCAAAAUUUCCGACUUCGGUAUCUCGAAGAAAACCGAUAACAUCUACGGCAACGACUCGACCAACUCUAUGCAGGGUUCGGUCUUCUGGAUGGCCCCGGAGGUUAUCCAGUCCAAGGGCCAAGGCUAUAGUGCCAAGGUUGACAUCUGGUCACUCGGAUGUGUGGUACUAGAGAUGUUCGCAGGCCGUCGUCCAUGGAGUAAGGAAGAAGCAAUCGGUGCUAUCUUCAAGCUAGGCAGUCUCGGUCAAGCUCCGCCAAUCCCAGAUGAUGUGAGCGCAAAUGCGUCUCUUGCGGCUCUUUCGUUCAUGUGGGACUGUUUCACAGUUGAUUCCGCAGAACGGCCUACAGCUGGCACCCUGCUCACUCGGCACCCAUUCUGUGUAUCGGAUCCAACGUACAACUUCCUGGAUACCGAAUUGUAUGCCAAAAUUUUGCCGCCCUCCUAG